AUGUUAUCUAAUCAUAAUUAUCAACAAUUAUUUAAAAAAUCUCACUAUCGAUAUCAUAGACGAAAAUUAAAACAAAAUCAUCGAAAAAACUUUCUAUCAAAAAUAAAACAAUCAUCAUCUAUCAUUUAUUCACAUCAAUUUUUAUUGAAUCUUCAACAAUCUGGUACACGUUUUUUAUCUUAUACAAUAACUGAACUUGAACCAAUUUGUCAACAAAUAGCUAUACAACAAAUGUCAUCAACAAUAUCAUUAAUAACAACUUGUCCAUUGAUUUGUUUAUUUUGUGAAAAUUUAAUAUAUGAACCUAUAACACUUUAUUGUGGUCAUACAUAUUGUGAACAAUGUAUUAAAGAUAAAGAACUUUCUUUAUUAUCAAUAAAUUGUUUACGUUGUUCAAAAGAUAUUCAAGGACAAAUACAAUCACCAAUUGUACAUGCAAGAGAAAAAUUUUAUAGUAAAAAUCAUUUUCUUAAACAAAUUAUUGAACGUAUAGAUAAAUUAAAAUUUAAAUGUGAAAAUAUUUUAUUAUGUCAUAGAGCACAAAAUGAAUAUGAAAAUAACAAUUAUCAACAAGCAAUUGAUAUUUAUUCAAAUAUAUUAGAACAAUAUGAUGAUGAUGAUCAUAUUGUAUUGUAUGGUCGAGCUAAAACAUAUAUAACUUUAAAAGAAUUUGAUAAAGCUCUUAUUGAUAUUGAUCGAGUUAUACAACUUAAACCACAUUGGGCAAAAGGUUAUUAUUGUCGAAGUGAAAUUUUAUUCGAAAUGAAACGUUGUACAGCUGCAUUAUUAUCAUCAUUACAAGGACUUUCAAUCGACCCUGAUGAUCAUAUAGGCAAACGAAUAAUGGCUCGACAUCUUCAUGCUAUUCUACACGAUAAUGAUAAUCAAGAAACUGCAAUAACAACAGAAAAUGAAUCAAACAUACUUCUAUCAACAAAUGACAAUAUCAAGGAAAUGAUAACUUCUGGUACGACAGAUAUUAAAUUACUCAUGUGCAGAUCAACAUCAUCAGCAUCAUGUCUUUGUACAUUAUUGGAUUGUAAAUAUUUACGUGCAAGAGAUUUUGAAUGUUCUAUAUGUGUCAAUUUAUUAUGGUUUCCAGUGACAACUCCAUGUGGUCAUGUUUUUUGUCGGGAAUGUCUUAUACGUUCUAUAGAUAAUACACAAGUUCAAUGUCCAAUGUGUAAAAGUUCAUUAGAAGAAUUUUUUCCUAUGUUAAUACAAUCGCAUGUGAAUGAAACUGAAAUUAUAUCACAAAUUAUUGAAAGUUAUUUUCCAAAUGAAUUCAAUGAACGACAACAAUUAUAUGAACAAGAAAAUAUUCAAGGAGCAUCAAUUCCUAGAUUACUAAUAAAUAAUAUUGAAUUAAGUAUAUUUGAAAUUCCAAUAUUCGUAUGUGUAUUAGCUUUACCUUAUUGCACAUGUCCAUUACAUGUAUUUGAACCACGUUAUCGUUUAAUGAUGCGUCGAACAAUUGAAACUCAAUCACGUACAUUUGGCAUGUGUAAAUAUAUUCAAGAAACAGAUGCAUUUACUGAUUAUGGUACAUUAUUAUUUAUACGUGGUCUUGUUUAUACUCGUGAUGGUCGUUCAAUAGUUGAUACAAUAGGUCAACGACGUUUUCAUGUUAUUGGUCGUGGAAUAAGAGAUGGAUACAACACAGCACAUAUACAACUUAUCCAAGAUCAUUCAAUUACACAUGAUGAAUUUGAUGAUUUAUAUCAAUUUAAUCGUAAUACUUAUAAUCGUGUACGUGUUUGGUUUGAUCAACUUGAUGCAUAUCGACGGACAUUAUUAACUCGUCAAUUAGAAGGUUAUCCACCAUGUGAUGAUCUAACUCAUGAAUCAACUGAUGGACCUAGUUGGGCUUGGAUAAUGUUAAAUUUAUUACCAAUUGAAUCAGAUCUUCAAUAUACAGCAUUGAUUUCACAAUCAUUUCGUACUCGUUUACAAAUAAUUAAUGAUACAAUCGAUUUUUUACUCAAUCAACAACAACAACAACAAACAAUAACUUCUACAAUUGAUGAAUCAUAG